CUCUUUCAAACUGGAUUUUCAGAGCAGUUUUACUGGAUUUUAAAGUGGAGAAGUGGGACCAUGUGAUCACAAACAGUAAGCUCCAUUUGUAAAUGAGACACCUUUAAUUGUAUUGAUAUAAGAAUAAGAAUAGCUGGUUGGGUGUGUCUCCAACAUGUGCUCUCAUUUACCUCUUGUUGAAUGGUUGUUAACUACAGACUUCUCUUAUCCAUAUUAAGCUAGCUGAUAGGCCAUUAAGGUUUUCGUUUUUUGGUUCCUGCUCUGAAAAGCAGUUUCACUUAAGGUCUAUAUUGCUCUCAUAAUGUGUACCAUGCCCUCACCCCUUUCUAACUGCUUAAACAAACUGAAAACAGUCAGUGCCAGGAAGGGGGUGGAAACAGUCCAAGGACUCACUGUCACUUGACAUGUCGAAGGCCGAAGGCCUGCUGCGCCACAGGUUGCUUGCGUCCUCAUGGUUUGGGCUGUCAUUGCAUUAUUCUCAUAUUCAUUUAUAAUUCAAUACAAUACUUGCAAAUACACAGAAUAAAGACUGCCAGCAGUGUCUGUUGCAUGCAGCAUCCACAAUGUGGCAGCCCUCCCAGACACACCUGCCUUCAAUCAACCCACUGAAUCACAGCCACUGGCUCACAGCAAAUAUGAAAUCACAACAAGGACUGUACAUAUAUAUAUAUAUGAUACAUGGCUGUUUAUGCAGGAAAUAUUAAAUUAACAUUAGAUAACUAAUGCAUCUGUGGCUGAUAAGACAAACAACGGAAUGAUUCACCACACUUACAACACUACAACAAGUAACAUUACUUGCAGAAUAUCUUUUCUAAAAGCUACCCUCACAUGAUUGAGUUACUAAACAUUGGACAGAUUUCACUUAACAGUGGUCCGUGCAAGAAUGUAACAGUUCCAUGCACUGCUAUGCAUAAGUAGGACCAUAUGGUGGGAGGCAUAUAAUUUACUUUGAACUACAAACAACAAAAGUCCUCUGCCGCUAAAAGCAGGUUGAUUGAUGGACCAGACACAAGGUUAACUAUUUACUGAUAGAGACUCACUCUACAAACUUUUAAGCUGUCCAAUAUAAAGAGGAGUCACAAAUGUUGUUUAGCAAACACACACACACACACACAUAUAAGCACAAACAUUUUGAGUUGGUUUCUCAGUGAAAACAGUUCAAGACAUAAAAAAAAGACUGACUGUUUUUUUCCCACACAUUUAUGUGGUAUAACAUCCAAGAUAUUGGUGCAUCAAAACUGAUUUUUCAACUAGAGGAAAAAUAUAGUUCUUAAAAUACAGAUUUUACAUAAAUUCGUGUCUUUAUCUAAAUAAAUAAAAGAGCAUCAAAACACAUGAUAUCACCCUUGAAAAAUGUGAGCUUGACUGGUUCUCUACGCUUUGGCGCAUUCUUUAGAAAGAGCCAUAUAUGGUUAAAAAAAACACAGGAAAUGCCAUACUGUAAACUUUAAUGCAUUCUGUAUUUUUACCAUAUAUGGACAGUUCUACUAUAUCAUGUCAUAAUUGUAUAACGAGCUUAUAUCUUAGCACCAGUAGAAUAGCCGCUUUUCUUUUCUGAGUAACUAUCCAUAUCAGACUGAAAUCAUACAAAGUUUUAAAGAAUUCAAAACAGGAAAAGCAAAGAGUGGGAAGGAUAACAUUCUCUCUGUGACCCGAAACGGAGUACUCCAAUUAUGAUAAUCAUUUGACUUUCAGUUCCCAUGAAGUCCUUUAAAAAUAUGCAGGCUCUGUGUUAUCCUCUUCCCACAAACUCAUUACUCGAUUAAGUGAAGGCAACCCAAAUGUGGAAAGCAGUUUUAAAAAAGUGGAACGGAGCCCUCCUGUGGUUGUACACCUCACACUACAGGAAUGAUCAAAUCUGUCAACCAGAUUUGUUGGCCAUACAGAAGAUGUUCAAAACAGGAGCAGUCCACUAAAGUCCACAAUUAAACCUUGAAAAUAACAAAAUGGAUUCCUUUUUUAAGACAGUGGGAGCUCAGCUGCAGUAAUCCAGAUAUGUCCUUCUUUAUCUCUUUAGCCUGAAUUUCUUUGCAGGCAAAUAAGACCAAAGCAGAUAAGGCUUCAUGGACAGAGAGCCAGUGACGAUGUCAACUAGUUUCUUACCAGACAAACAACCUCUAACAGUAUGUCCUUUUAAUAAUUGCAGUUUUGGGGGGUAAAACUUCAGCCUACAACUGAGUCUGUUAUGUGAUGAUCUUCCCCUCAUAUACAUUCAAAGCACCUGCUGUGAUUCAGUGGUUAAUGAGGACAGCGUAAAGAACAGAAUAUCUGAUGUUAUGUCAUGUGAAAUUAGAGAGCAGCAUGGUCCUUCACAGCCUGAUGCACUCUGGCUCGAGCUCUGAGAAAGCAGAAAAAGGGAGAAGAAAAGCACUGAGGAGACAGAGGCAGAAAAAGACGUGAAUGGAGAGAAAGAGCACACUUUGGCGGUGUGUCACAAGCAUCCCCUUCACUCUACUGUGACGAAGAUUACUGUGCUGCAGCCAGAGCGAGGCCUCUGUCCUUUUCCAGCCCAUGGAGUCAAGUCAGGUUUCCUGCAGCUGCUCCAUAUGUUGGUGGAGAAGCUCAGGGGAUGUGCUGGAUGGAAGGAGCCCCGAAGCAAGUUCCAGUAGUCUGACGGCUCCAAGUAAAGCUGUGACAGAAAGAAGAUGCAUUUAUACAUUUCUUCCAUCUUUCUAGAACAAAGAUUCACAUUCUCUUGUAAUUUUUCUGUAUUUUUAAUGAAUAUUUCAAGGCAAGAUGAUUUACUGGCUAUAUAACUACUCAUCUAUUUGAACAAUUUAAUUGUAAAGUAAAAUGUAGAAGCGGCAAAAUAGCUCAUAAGAUACAGUAAUAAAUGUUAAAAAAAUGUUGGUGUAUAUAAAAUGAAAGUCAGAAAGAUAAUAGUAAUUUUAAGUAACAAGUUAAUCCAUUGGAUCAAAAUUCACAUUAUAUUCCAGCAGCAUAAAUAUACACAUACAACCCAUCACAAUUUUUUGCACUUGCACAAUGAUGCCACUAUUCAAAUAAUCUAACAGGGACGCUAUGUUUUCAUGUGAUAUAUCAGUUUCAGUGUUAUCAGUGUUAUUUCCAUAAUGUCACAUGACACACUCUGCACUCUACUGUGUUACAUUUAUGUGCUCAGUCUGCACCUCUUCACGCUUACUGUAGACCGUGUAAGGUCUGCUGCUUUUAAUACAGUCUAAACUUGGAUUGCCUGCAUUGAAGUCCUCACAAUGUGCAAGUUUUGCAGCAUCAAAUGCUGGUUCAUUUUCUUCAACACACUCUUUUUGGCAUCUGGGGUUGCCCUCAUCAGUAUCGGAGCACUGCAAUACUCGACCUACUCACAGAUGGGCACUUUUGCAGGGAGCAGCCUGUCUAAAAUCGCUAUAGUCCUCAUUGCAGUGGGUGUCACCAUAGCCCUGAUCUCCCUCUUGGGCCAUGUUGGGGCAUUUAUUAAUAAUUCUUCUAUGGUGGCUUGUUUUAUAUGUAUCCUGAUCGUGAUCAUCAUUUUGGAGAUCCUCACAGGGGCUGCCUUUUACAUAUUCCGCAGCAGGACUGCCCUCCUACAGAUGAACAGUGCUAUUAAUGCCAAAGCGCGAGGGGUGAUCUAUGACUACAGCCUGGAGAACAGACACUCCAUCAACAGAAUUCAAGAAAAGUUCGGCUGCUGUGGUGCAGACAGCUACACUGACUGGUCCAGGAGCGUGGGCUGGGAAAAUCACAAGGCCGUGCCAGAUUCGUGCUGCGUGGUGAAGACUGAGGGUUGUGGACAGGACACAUCGAAAGUACACACAAAGGGUUGUAUCUGGGCUAUCAAGCUCUUUCUGUUGAAAAACCUGGUGUGGGUCGGUGCUGUCUGCAUUGCUCUUGGAGUCACAGAGGUGUUCGGGGUGUUAGUUGGGGUGUGCUUGUGUUUGAAAAUAAAACACAAAAGCUAUGAAACCCUCAGCUGAUUCGUCAUCUUGGACCAAGAGCAGCCAGCUUCCCACAUCACAGAUUUUUGUUUUGCUCAAAUUUGAUCUAUUUUAUUUGCUUUUUCCAGUUAAGUCUUUCCAAACUGUGAUCUAUUAUUUUAUAAUUGUGACAUAAAACAUUAGAUACGUAGUUCAUCAUCUUUACCUUAAUGCUUGCUAAUGUGACUAUUUGACUGUAAAAUUUCAUGCACACCAGUGUUGGGCAAUAAUAUUACAUUUCUCAGUAACUUUAAGUAGUGUAACUAAUUACUUUUCUAUUACUAGUUACUAAGGCAAGUAACGCUGCGAUACUCGUUACUGAACGCACCAUCCUUGAC